GCGGCUUCCUUGCUGACAGCAAUGUGGAGGCUCCGCUUGUCGUGUGCCCCCCAUUCCUCCCUUCUGGGUUGCCGCGGGCUGAUAACCCGUCCUCCGAUAGAUCUGACCCCCGGAGAUCACUAUGAGCAGGAAAGUGACGUGGAGGAGAACUUGGAGCAGGAGAUAAAGAGUGCACUGAAGAGACAGAAGAAGGCGAUCCUGCUGAAACGAAUGAAAAGGGAGAUGGGGCCCCCUGAACCCACUGAGAGGCAUCUAACCUGGAACGCAAUUCAGCAGAUUAGGUAUCUGAGCCAGGAGUUCCCUGAAGAGUGGCCUGUGUCACGACUGGCUGUAGGGUUUAACGUGAGUAACGACGCCAUAAAGAAAGUGUUGAAGUCAAAAUUUAUACCAAGUGAAGCAAGGAAAGUGAAACAAGACGCCUCCGUUUUCCGAGUUCAAGGACAAAAUGCUCCAGGCACCACAAAUGUCCAGCUACAGCUCGGGUCUUCUUCCAAAGAUACAGCACAGCCAUUAUUGCCAUUUCAGGGGGAUAAUAGACAGCUUCUUGUCAGCCAUUCAAGCCAACUUCUUCCCCCACCAAAAACAUCAGACUCUCCCGCAUUAGCUUUGAGGAGUGCACAUCUAAUGAAAACUCUUGGCAGAACCCAGGAGUCUCAAGACUCAGUACAAGGAGCCUUCGGUGCUGGGUCUAGUCAUAGUGUGAACACAAGUACGCAGGCAGAACCUGAGCAGACCAUGAAAGAGGAGGAGGAGGAGGAGGAUGGAAGAGUCCUUGAUGAGAAAUGGGACGGAGAAGUAUUAAGUGACAAGGACCUGGAAGAAUUAGCAGACAAUGGCACCCCGAAUAACAUGAAGGUUGUACAAAAAGGAAAAGAGUUUUUUGACCGGGAUGGUAACUUUCUGUACAGAAUUUAAUUUUUCUAUUGGACAGUGUCACAGGCGCUACUUUUAUUACUUUAUAAUUUUGUGCAUUCUUUCUAUUUAUACCUAAAAAUGGCCACAUAUUUCAGGUAAUAAAUCACAGUCUGCAC